UAUGCAGCCAGAAUGGUGCGUUAACUGGUCAUCUGAUUUUUCUAACUUCACCUCAGUCCAUUAAAGCUAAAACCUUUAUAAGAUAUAAAGUAAACAGAUGUAAAUUAUGUCAUUACACCAACUAACCUGUCAUCAGCGUCAAAGAGGAACCAAGGAACUAUUUGAAUAAAAUUAACAAAUGUUACAUAAAAAUGACAAACAAGAAAAUAUUUAAUAAAUAAAUGUAAAAAUUCUUACAUUGUGUUGAUAAAUUUUUUAUGACUGCUGAUCUACUUGUUAUGUUGUAAUAAUCAUGGAUACCAGCAAAACACGGAGCAUUAAAUCACUUUUGCUACAAGCUUGGAGAGAAAGAUGGUCAGAUGUUUCAUGGGGUAUUCGAAUCAAAAGUGUUCUUCCACGUGGAGUAAGUGGUGAUGUUUAUGAUUUAGCUGACUGUAUUCUUCAACAAGCAUUAGUUGGACCAGGAUCAAACAAUUUAUUCAUGUCUUAUCUCAUGCAUUCUCUUAGCUCUAGAGUUGUUUCAUAUGGUGCAGUCUUAUCUAGUAUAGGCAGAUAUCAAAGUUUUUAUAAGCCAUAUUGCAUUUUGAGUUUACUUGAUUUGCUAAGAACAUUUCAAUCAAGAAUAGGCUGUCAUGGCAAUGAAGAAGAAUGCAUUGCGUUAUGUAAAGCUGUGGUUAGUGUUACUCAUUGGUUGUACUCCUGCAUUUAUCAUUCUAUAACAGUAGUAAUAGCAGGCAUGUAUGCGGCGGAAGUGAUAGGCAGUCAAGGGGUGCUUAUUUCUGCCCCAACCGGAAGUUGCUUAUUUCUGCCCGUCCNUCCAGAACACAUUUCAAUUAUUGAAAAGUCAUAUGAAGCUCUUUUUUAUUUUAGUAAUACCACUUUUAUUAAAUCUUUACUUUACGUUGGAAAGUAUGAAGAUCAAGCUAUGUAUACCCAAAUGCUUCAAAAACAUAAAGAACUUGAAGAGAAGUUAGCAAUAGUUCCAAAUACAACAAAUGUUUCAAAAGAAGUAAUUGAAAGUGCAUUGAGUCUAGUUAGCUCAGUUGAUAAUUUACCAGUUGUUCCAUCAGAAAAUGUUUCAAAAAACAAACUUCAAACCUUAGCUAGCACUUUAAACAUAAUGGUUGGAAUCGAUGCUAUUUUAAAUCCUGCAAGUGAUGCAUCAGCAUUUGUGAGUCACUUGCUUUUAGUGAAAAAGCUACAGAAUUUUAAACUAUCACAAGUUUAUAGCGAACUUAUCCGCGCUUGUUUGAUUGGUAUAGCCAGUGGCACAGGUUCAUUUGAAGAUGAUUUAAAGUGGUUUGCAUUUACAUUUUUGAAACUACCGAACAUUAUUUCUAACAUCCAGUCUCUUCAAAUUGAAAGUGAAGAAGACUCCUUUGAGAAAAGUUUAGAUAUGUUACUACAUUAUUCACCUUUGUUGGAUCUCACUGAUUUAAAGAGCAAUUCUGAUACUUUGCAGUAUUUAGCACAGGAGUUUUGCAAGGCAAAAAUAAUGACAGAAGGUCAGGGAAUGAGUUUCCUUGGUCGAAGACAAAAUGAUUCCUUCAAAUCAGCAAGUCUCAUGUAUCAGAAUAUGGGAGGAGUGAAACUUCCAACUCCUAAACCGAGUCCUCAGUGGGACCAGGCAAAUAUACCAAGUUCUUUACAAGCAGAACAUACUCUUAAAACUAUUUUAAAACUGCUAGAUUCUGAUUACUCAAAGAUUCAAGAAGCUCUCCUUGGUGUCCUCUGUCAUAUAUUACCUUUAAGAAAAUUUAAACUUAUUCUUGCUGCAGCUGCUGCUACUGGGAAAUUGCAUACUUUUAUUACUAAAUUAAUUGAAUGCAAUGAUUUUAAUAAAUAUUUUGCUACUGAAAAUGCUAAAGCUGCCCAGACCCGUGCUUUAACUUUUGAUGUCACCUUUCUCUUAUUAUUUUAUAUUUCUCAAUAUUAUGGCACUGAAAUUGUCCUUGGGCUUUCUACUAUAAAAGAUUCUUUUUUUGUUCAGUGGAUAUCAAAGAACCUAGCUGAAGAUGGGAAGUUUAAAUGUCCGGAUCUUGUAUUGUCUCGAAGUGACCAAGCAACAGUUGACUUGUUGUUAGCUCAGUUCUUAAACACAGAGCAUGAUAUGAGCCCUCAUCAAGUGAAAUGGCAUGAAGUUUGCCUUAAUGCUCCAGCUGCUGCUAGAGAGAUACUUAUUGCUUGGGAGCAUGGAGCAUUAUCCACAGAAAAAGUUAAAUUGGUUUUAGAUCACAUUAAAAGUCAAAUGUGCUGUCUUCCAGUUUGUAUUUCAGUUUGGCUUUGCAACUACAUCAACGUUCUUCAUCAUGAAGAACGUCUGAAACCCAUGAAUAUGCUUCAGCAUUUCAUUGCUCCUCCAGCAGUGGAGUCUGUUACUUCACCUUCUGAGUCCCCAUCUGCUAGUGGUAGGCAGACACCUCAACUUCCAGGCAGUGAGCAAAGUAAUGCAUUUUAUUCUGGACGUUGUAGCCUGAUGAUUGGGAUUAUAAAAAUAAUGAUGUGGGAUCUGCACCCUCCCUUACAGCUAAAAUCUAAAAUUGCACCUCUCAUCCCUCACGGUUUGACAGUUAAAAAACCCUUAGGCAAAAUUUUAGAUGAAGUUUUUAAUGAUGUGCACUAUCGUGGAUGGCUUGACAUAAAAUCUAUUCAUUAUUUUGAAACAUUACUUUGUGUUGGUGGAGCACGUUGGAUAUGUGAUGCUCUUGUUCGUCGUAUACUGGGCUAUCAAUUUCUUCAAGACAUCAAUAGAGCUGUUGACAUGGUAAUUGGCAUAUUUUAUCUAGAUAUUGAACAAUGCGCUCUUGCUUUGUUAUUGCAUGUUCUUCCCUUUUAUCUUUAUAGUGAAGCUCAUCAAGAACAGUUAGCAGAACCCUACGGUAGUGCCUUGUCACGUUUAACUGUCAUUACAACAUAUGCAGCAUUGCAAUCACGCCAGUGCUCUUCGGGAAAUAGUGUUAAAACUGGUUGCAAAAGAAGCCAUCGUGAAGUUGACAUUGAUGACACACGAGAUCACACAGAGCACAGUAGGCCCACAAAAAUACAUAGAAGUAACGCUGAAUUGCUCGAGGAUACACCAUUUGAGCUACAAAAUCUUAGUGAUGAGCAUAUGCGCAAUGCAGUAGCUAAUCCUAUCAAUAAAGCAAUCGCUGAUUUGAUGCGUACCCUACUAGUGAUUGCUUCAGAUGCAACAAUCAGUGCUAGGUCUUAUUUUCCUAUUCGAUUUUUAGAACAAGUUGUUCUACGUGCUAAAGAUCAAGCUUCUCAAAUUUUACAGUUUAUGCCUUUAGGGCUUGUUGGAUUGCUUCUGAAAAAAUACCCUGAAGAAUUUAGCCCUGAGUUAAUUUUGGCAGUCAGUAGCAUGCAGAGCCCAAAAGCUCGUAAGGUGGCAGCAUUGAGUUUGUGCCAACUCACCAUUGCUCAAAACAGGCUCACAACUAAAACUCAAUGCUGGUUAGAUUUUUAAUUUUCGUUUGCUAAAACCAACUGCUCUGGUUUGGUGAAAGUCAUGGGAAAUUUUUGAUUUUUAGAAAAAAAAUUUUCUAGAUAUACAGGGUGUUCCAAAAAUU